AUGCCAAUAAUCGAACUUGGCGGUAUAAUUGAAACACACGAACGAAAUGGUUUUAGCAUUGAAUUAUGUUUUGCUUCAUACGAUUAUAUUGAUGACUUAUGUAAUAUUGUUAACUGGGCAUAUCGUGGUAAACCAUCAGCUACAAAUUCAAAAGAAACAUAUUCUGGUUGGAUAGGUGAAGAACAUUUAUUAAGUGGAACAAGAAUAUUACCAUAUCAAUUAAAAGAAUAUAUUGAUAAAAUGGAACAGAACAAAGAAAAUCCUGAUACCAUUAUUAUUGCUGCAAAAUUUAUUAACACAGAUAUACCUCAUAAAAAAGAAAUUGUGGGCUGCAUUAAAGUUGAACUAUACGAUAGUAAUUUACAACCGUUAGAAGAAAAACAAGAUGGUACUGCUAUUGAAAUUGGUUUACAUGCUGUUGAUCCAGAUUAUCAAAGUAAAGGAAUUGGUACAUUAGUGUAUAACGCAGCUAUACGUGUUUCCAAAGAACAUAUGAAUGCCAAACGUGUUUAUUUACAUAUUAUUGCGAGUAAAACAAAUCAAAUAGACCUGAAAAUAAGGCAAGGUUUUAUAAAUACAGGACGUUAUGUUCCUUUUUCUGAUAUUGAUCAAUUCGUACCAAAAGUUAAUAGAGAAUUAUUAAAAUUUGCCGUUUUGACAAAAACUAUAGAAUAA